CGUUUGCUCUAUCACUAUGGAGGCUGUUGUUGUCAAAGAUUUGCACAAGARACUCAGAGAAGAUUUGAAAACUGCUAAUGGUGAUUAUGAUAAGGUCUGGAAGGAACAUUGCUCUGACCAAGACACACUGCAAAACUAUGCAAAGGCAAUGUUCUCACUUGCAACCAGCCAGUGGUGCAAAAAUUCCCCUGGGGGGAGAUCUGACUGGUGUGUAAAGAUCUGCAAAGAGUACUUUCAAGAAGGUGGAUUGGAUAUUGCAAUAGAAAAGCAAAAGAAAAGAAUUGAUAAAGAAAUGGGAACCUUGUGUUGCUGUUGCAUUAAUGCAGAUUCAGUAUCCAACAUAGUAUCUGUAAAGAAAAGCAAGUUAAAUCUCUUAGAUGUUGGUAGCUGCUAUAAUCCAUUUCUUGAAUUCAAAGAUGAUUUUUUUACAGUUGCAAUUGACCUUUGUCCUGCUACAGAGUAUGUUUAUAAAUGUGACUUUUUGGAUCUUAAAAUCAUAAAUGAGAAUACUUCUGCAAAAUCAAAGGAUGCUAAAACAGUUCCUUGCAGUUGCAAAAGAAACUACUCCCAUUGUCAAACAUUUACAGAAAUGAAUACUGAAAACUACCAAACUAUACAAAGUGAYGAAUCUCCCAGGGAAUGGAAAGGUCAACAAGAAAUUAAUAUAAGCACAUACCUACAAAAAACUAACAUCACUGAAUUUCCUGCUGGUUAUUUCCAUGUGGUAGUUUUCUCACUUCUCUUAUCCUAUUUCCCAUCAUCUGUUCAAAGAUGGAAUUGCUGCAUUAAAGCUCAUCAACUCCUAGCUGUUAAUGGUAUUCUCCUCAUCAUUACACCUGAUUCUUCACAUCAAAAUCGCAAUGUUGCCAUGGUGAAGUCCUGGAAGAUAGCAAUUGAAUCAAUAGGUUUUGUGAGAUGGAAAUAUGUCAAAGAUACACAUGUGCAUUGCAUGGUAUUCCGUAAAGUUUCUCCCUGUCAUCACAGUUGUUCCAAAACGUGUAGUUGUAAUGUCAGUGUUGAUGUUACACCAGACAUGAUGUAUAUCCGUCAGGACUUUAAUGAUAGUGACAGCAUCAUUGAUGAUAUCAGUACUGAUUAUCCAGUAUCAAAGAAAAUGAAAAUUGAGUCAGUCUAAAUAUAGGGUAGAAGCCCAAAUAAAUUAAGAUUCAAAAAGUUACAUGUAGGAUUAUAUAUCAAAGCUAAGAACUGAAGAAAUGAAAACACUAAUAGUAUUUUCUCUGUGCAUAGGAGUCAUAUUCGAUUAAACACUGCUUCGUCUA